GCGAGCCAUUUCGCUGGGGCCGCAGUCGCCGUCGUUGUCUUUGUGCAGCUUCCUUGCCCAUCUGAGUGUCGAUUCCUCUGUCCAUCGGGGUUCGUGUAAACCUCCACUUCUGAGCUACGGCACAGUUCUUGUGUCUUCUGCUCACGCUGGUGUGUGUCAGUGGAUCGACAGAGGCUCCGAACACGUAUCAUGACGGACAACAUGGAGCUCAAGGACGCGGCCACUACGGGCGUAUCGUACGGCACGGUCGAGUCGACACUUGUGAAUCGGCGCAAGGGAGCCUUCAAAAGCGUCUGGGACGAUGACAGCGACUCGGACUCUGGGGACGAGGACAACGACAAGGAUAAGAAGCCACGCAUACGGUUCGUGUUCCGUUGGAGCGACCUCAUCAUCAUCCUGGUGUACCUGGCGGUGUCGGCGAUCGGGCUGUACUUCGCCCUGAGCCGCAUGCUGCCGCAGGCGGAGAAGCUGCGGCUCGCCUUCUACAACACCAGCAUCCCAGAGGGACCCACGCCUCUGGUGCGCGUCACAGCGCCGCCCAUGCUGCUCGCUUGGGACGACCCACCCUGCAGGCAGCUCGCCCGGGACCUGUUGGACACCGGGGGCAACGCCGUGGAUGCCGCCAUUGCUCUGACUGUGUGUAACGUGGCGUUGAGGCCGCAGGCGUGGAGCUUGGGCGGUGGACUCGUCGUGCUCGUCUACAACAGGACGACCAGGCAGGCUCACGUGAUCGACGCUCUGCCGUCCGCUCCCAAAAACCUGUCCGUGGAAGAGUUCCACAAGAAGCAGGGCAGCGUCUGGAAAGAGGCAGAGACGCUGGGCGUGCCCGGAGUACUGGCAGGCCUGGAGCUGGCCAACAAGCGGUUCGGCCGGCUUGCAUGGCACUACAAGCUGGACCCUGUGGCUGACCUCUGCGAGCGCGGCUUCAACGUGACCGAGUCCCUGGGACGCGUCCUGUCUGGAAAGAGCGGGGACCUCUGGAACCACCCAGACCUCAGGGUGGAGUUUGUGCGCGAAGGAAGCAGCGGCGACGAGCUGCUACGAGCGGGUGAGACCCUGAGGCGGCCGUCGCUGUCGGAGACGCUGCGCCGCGUGGCCAAACUGGGAGCCAAGGAGUUCUACACUGGCGUCAUCGCCAAGCUUUUGCUGCGGGACAUCGCGGCUGCAGGUGGCUUGCUGACGGCUGACGAUUUGGCGUCGUACGAGGCGCACGAGUACAGUGCCGCGAAUGUGUCGUGCGGCGCCAGCUCGUGGCUGCUCACAUCGGCUGCGCCCAGUGGAGGGCCCGCCUUGGCGAUGGCCGGCUCCCUGCUGCGCACCCUUGGUCCUCUGAUGCGCACCCAAGACCUUCCCGCACAGUUCCGCGCGAUCGUCGAGGUGUUCAAGCAAAGCCUGGGCCGCCGGCUGCACGCCACGGUAUCCUACUACGACGACACCCAGGCUGGAAUGGCGAGCAGGAUAAUGGACGGCGAACUGCUACAGCCGCUGCCCGUUGACGUCAAUCAUGCGCUCAGCGACCCUGGUGUGCCAGAGGCGGUGGCUGUGGUCGACAGCGCGGGUGACGUCGCCAUCGUCUACAGUGAACUUCACGGGGUGUUCGGCUCGCACUUCCUGUCCAACUCGACGGGUGUGAUAUUCAACGGCGCCCUGAGGGAGUUUCCCGCGGCCAGUGGUGGCGAGGAGGAGGGUGCCUCGCUGUUCCGGCCAGGGGUGAGAGUGCCCAGCCCGGCGGCGCCCGCACUGGUUGUCGACGACACCGGUGACGUACAGCUGCUCUUCACCGCAGACGGGCCAGGCAACCAGACUCUCACGGCGGCCAUACAGUUCCUGUGGCGGGCGCUGCACACCAACGUGACCCUGAAGCAGGCAAUCGAUGCCCCAAGGCUGCACCAUCCCCUCGUGCCGGACGUGCUGUACGCCGAGUACAAGUUCCCAGGGGUGAUCCUUCAGAAGCUUCACACUAUGGGCUACCAGCUGGAGACGCUGCGCACCAACUCAUCGCUCAGGGGCGUGCAGCGAGACAAUGGCACCUAUCUGCUCAAUCAGGACUACAGGAUAGUCUUCUGAAUGCGUGGUUUCACAAGGGCUAGCUAGAGAGAGGCCUAGCACUGCAGUUGGCAACGAUGCGAAGUGCACAUUUACGGGCUUAAUGAUGGGCCCUCACUGAUUUGCGCAAUGUGCGGGGAUCCUACGCCCAGUGCGUUGAGCAUGCUUUCAGUCCUAGUUGUCUCGCAGCUGCUUUCUUGGUAUUGCACUGCGGUUGCGCACACGUGUCAUGACUGCAGCUACCCUUUCGUACCAGGCUGCGCUGCUAUUACUACAAAACGAAAAGAAAGAAAAAGUGUGUUUAUUAAGUGCUGAUUAACUUCCGUAAAAGCCGGAGCUGCGCAACGAAAGAGAUGAGAAGAUAAACGCUGAACUACAGCAACCUUUCGGACUUAACGCACACUGAAUGCACCGUUGAUAGUUUAUCCCGCUGUUUUUCCUUCCAUUUAUUGUUCAUUGUGUGAUAUAUCUGUAGUCACCACUAUUGGGUAUUGAAAUCAAUUAGCUAAUAGGCAAUUUUUUCUGACUUAAUUCUCGAGUAAACAAAAAGUUGUAUGAGCCAAGAAGAAACGGUCUGGAUACUGGGUGUCGUUUUGGAGGUCAAUUUUGGUGAUCUGCACGUAAGGCCAAAAAAAAAAAAAAAGAAAAGAAAAGAUGAUAGAGAAAACGUAUCACCAAAGGCAAACCUUCUUUUUUUUUUUUUCGCAGAAGAAAGGUGAAGCGGGGUAAUUGAAGGGGGUGGCAGGGGGAGGGGCUAGUCAAAAAUGAACAUUCGCACAUUCAAAGUAAAAUAUAUAUCAUUAUAGUAUAUGUGUUGGGCAGACUUGUAAGGCAAGUUAAAUGUAACAUUUCUUUCCGCAGUCCCCACGCAAAUUUACUGUCUGCCCUGAAGAACACUGGCAACUUCAAUUUAAUAUUGUUCCCUAUACCGCUAAACUUUUAUAAACACGAGGUUUCCGACAGAACUGUGCACGGAGCGUUUGCUAUAUAUACUCUUCGUGUACUCGUGCUUGAACUGUGGCAGAUAAGUCUUAAGCACAAAACGUCCGCUUUAACCCAUCGCUAAGAACAAGCCUCUCGCUGAGAGGUUCGUUAUCUUCAUAUAUGCGCAAACUUCACGACGUGAGAGGCGGAUGGCAGCGCGUGUGGCGCUGCUGUUCAUAGACAGGCCGAUGGUACCAGACAGCUCACGGAGUAGCUCUUGCGUCGUUGGCUUGGGAUUGUGUUCAUCGCUAAUGGUGCAAUUAUAUUUAUCUUUAGGGGACUCCUCUAUCCAUGGAUGAACAGCCAGGUUUAAAGACAGCUCGUGUUCGCUUUUUUUAGAGCGGUAAAUGUAAUUGUCGAUCGAGCUUUGCCAAGGAGGGGCACUAACACGCACUCUCAUUAAUAUGGGGCGGGGCGCCUCGCGCUGCGAUUCGAACCUCGAGAAAUCCUUAUGGUCAUAGUCGAAUUGACCAUCUGUUUCUCCCGGAUUGGUUCAUCCGAUGGUUACGCCCCUUUUUCUGUGCUGAACAAGACAGAAGUUGGCCCAUCGUCCGGAAUAACCUUAGCUGAUAGUAUAUGCGAAUUGAGCCGCUCCUCAAUACUAUCCUUCUCUCUUUUCUUUUUCUUAUUGGAUGGUGAGAGGAAGAGAGACGAGUCUAAAUUUGUAAAUGGUAAAAACAGCUCAAAAGGAGACGGUCAGCGCUCGUCCUGUCUGUGCUUCAACUCAUUUUGCGCUGUUCUUCCCGUUUACAAGUCUGUGACCCAACUAACCACACUUCUACGAGCCUAAAGCGAGGACCGUUUAUGACAUGCUGCACAGAUGCGUGUGGUAUGCUAUAGGGCCAUCGAUGCAGUGAUGGAAAGUUUAUCUAUCUAUCUCUAUUGCCACGCUUUAGUGUAUGACGCAAAUCGCAGCUGACGUCGCCAGAAUUAGGAAUGUUUAUGGGUUGAACUUAGACUCAUCUUUGUCGCAUAAAUAGCAAUUGCUAUGAAAUACUGUCCCUCCUAGGAUGUCACAUAUCCGUAUGAAUUCAACAUGUAAUAAAGCGAAGGAAAGCAUAGAGGAAAUUAUUUGUCGUUUUAAUUGAAGUGCAGAAAAGAUAAGACUAAAGGACAUAAGAGGCUGGCCGAAGAAAGAAAGUUUACCGCCUGUGACCAUAUCAUCCCUAUCCCCUGCAUUACUACGGCAUUUUUUUUUUUUUCGCAGAGCGCAUUGCAACUAUGUACUUACGAGUUGACAUAUAUGCUUAUAUCGUAUACAGGGUGCCCCAGCUAUCUUUAGCCAGAGUUUUAAAAUAUGCCGGCACACUCAAUAACGACGCCACCAAAUGCAUGUUGCUGUGCCUGGAGUACGUCAGACUACUUUUUGUGUGUGUUCUGAUUAACUGCUUAACUAGGCCACCUUAAUUAACUUUUGAAGUAAGGAAGCUGUGCAAAAAAUUCGAAUGAGAAAGUUGUACAUCGGUUUGCAAAACGUCCGAUUUGACAGUUUCUAGCUUUCUAUCCAUUAAGUAUUAGUGUUUUUCUGCUUACUACAGAUGCUCGUGAAAUACAAAAAAUACCACGUGACCCACUUGCGCGUCUAUGCGCGCCGUGAUUCUACAAACGAUAUGCUUCCCUCGCGCCGGUUCAUGCUAGCGAUAAGCAGACGCAGCGGUUAUCGCUUGUGUUGCCGCUAUCAAAACGUGUUCGUCGCACAGCCACCACCAUCGUCGCUGCCCUGUCGUGGCAGCACACCCGGACAAAUGCUGUGGCCGUUUGCAUGCGGAACGUUAGCGAGCACUAGAAUCAUCGCGCGCACUGGCGCGCUAGCGGGAAUGUCACAUGCUUUUUCUUUUUUCGCGGGCAUCUGUAGUAAGCAGAAAAGCACUAAUACUUAACAGAUGGAAAGUUAGAAACUUUCUAAUCAGACGUUUUGCAAACCGAUCGACAACUUUCUCGCUGGAAUUUCUCGCCCAGCUUCGUUGCUUCAGAAGUUAGUUAAUUAAAGUUCUAGUUAAGCAAUUAAUCAGAACAGAAAAAAUAGUCUGACUUAGCGACAUGCAUUUGGUCGCGUCGUGCUGGCAUAUUUUUGAACUCUGUCUGAAUAUACCUUGUUUAAUCAUCCCUUGUUGUCCAGCAUAUGCUACAGCCGUGUUGUAGGCAUAAAGUGGUUAGGCUUAUACAAUUCAUUUUGUUCAUAUCGUGCAGUUUUCUUAUUUUGCCUCUCAGUGAAGGAAAACAGCUCAAGAAGGCUGCGGUUGGCUGGGUGCUCGCGUUGUCUUGUUGUAAGAGUAUACAUACGGUAUCUCGGCUACUCUAUCUCCUACUGGACUUCGUGCGGCUAGCUGACGUUCCAUGGCCUGGCGCACAACAUUGGGUUCGGUUAAGCGCCAAUAUUUUGGUUUCUCGGAAACCUGUUACGAAUGUCACCAGCUAAUCAGCGAGUGAAAGUUCAUAGUAAUCGUAAAAUGUGCUCGCAAAUAAUUCUUGUUUAAUGGAUGGUUCGUUAGGGGGACAUUUACGUUAUAUUUGCAAAACUCGGGAACUAUGGCAACUGAUUUGCAGCACUGCUGUAUUCCACAAUGGGCGAAGCACUCUGUCAAUUUCAUCCCCGACGUCGCUGAUUGUUUGCCUCUUCUUCCGAUACGAAAUUGCUGCCACAAAAACGAAGUCUGCAAGCGCACUUACCUGCACGUGUCGACGCCAGCUCUGAACUCGUAUCUGGUUCAGUAUUACUACCUGGUAGAACGGCCGAUUGCCGCAAUGUACGAAAAGUUGCAGCGAUGCGCGUUGCUCGGAUAUUCCAGGAACCGCAACGUCGCAUGCGCAUAUGACCCCUGGAGUCGGCGCGUCAAUAUGUCCAAGUCGCGCACUGCACGCGCAAGAUAAACCGGGUUAGUGCCAUUAAGCGCACUAAGCGACAUUUCGGAGAAAGUACGCCUGGGAGCAGUAAUGAUAUUCUACUUAAGCAAAACACGGGGACGUUGCCGGAGCAUAUCGCGGCAUAUCGGGGACGUGCCCGCUAGAGCAUGUCGCGAACUUUGUCGACUGACCAAUUCGCGCAAGCCAACGAACAAAACAAAAGCAUAUAAAAAAGGAAGUGAAAUGAUGGCGCCACGUUUAUGCAAGCGUGUAGGUAAUGCAUGAUAACAUUUGUACUUAAAGCGCACUUAAUACUUUUAGAUCUGGUAUAAUGAGCUAUCUUGAUGAAAGUAAAAUAGCAAAAUAUGUCUAAUAUGUACUGCGAGUAUUGGUUUGUAACAUUUGUUCAUUAUUGUUACCUAUUUAGCAUUUGAGAACACAUAUGUAACCAGACUUCCGAUUUAUUGUGUAAGUAUUGUACGUUAUUGUGUAUAUCGCGCGAAAUUAUUAAUAAAUGAUUGUGUGACAAUU